CCCACUUCAACAAAGAAAGGAAAGAAGCAACCUCACCUAGUACAUAUGUAUGUAGUCUUCAAAGGGGGGAAGGAAUGAAUGAGUGUGCUAUGCUGAAUGUACUGAAUGUACUAAAUGUACCGAGGAGUAUGGAUGAGUGGUAGACUGGUAGUACGGAGGCACUGACAGGCAGGUACUAUGCAGCAAACUGACCUUGAGCUUUUCUUUUCUUCUCUUUUCUUCUCUUCUCUUUUCUUUCCUUUUCUUGUCUUGUCUUGUCUUUUACUUUUUAUUAUUAUUUAUUAUUUAAUACUUAUGUUUCAUAACGCCUCCUUCUUCCUCCUUCUUUUACAUGUCAACUUGUAAGGUGAUGAAAACUGUGCUGGCAGAUAUCCUUCUGUGUCCUACCUAAGUCUCAAGUCCUCAUUAUCUCAUUAAACCUCACUUCACUUUUCCUCCACCCGUAUAAAUAACUCUCACGAUGGCUGAGCCCAAGUGGAAGAUUGCUAUCGGAGCUGAUGACGCCGGUGUCGGAUACAAAAACAAGAUCAAGGAAGACUUGGAGAAAGACCCUCGAGUAGAGUCUGUAGUAGAUGUCGGCAGUCUUUCGGCAGAUGACAAGACAGCAUAUCCACACCGAGCGGCAGAAGCAGCACAGCUCGUCGCCGAUGGCAAGGUUGACAGAGCACUGCUCAUCUGCGGCACAGGUCUAGGAGUCGCAAUCGCGGCGAACAAGAUCAAGGGAGUCCGAGCCGUGACUGCUCACGACAGCUUCUCAGUUGAGCGAGCUGUGUUGAGCAACCAUGCUCAAGUGCUCUGCAUGGGAGAACGAGUUAUUGGCUUGGAACUGGCGCGCAGACUGGCCAAGGAAUGGCUUGGAUACGUGUUUGACGAGAAGAGCGCGAGUGCGGCCAAGGUAGAAGUUAUCAAAGACCUGGAGAAAGCGUUAUAAGUUGGAGUGGCAUAACGUAUGAAUAGGUAUUCGAGGGCACCAAGUGAGCAAGCAUUGUUAUUUGCAUGGGGUCUAUAUACCCAUUUUGCCUAGGGGGCCGAACGUUUAUACGUUACGGGAUGCCGCCUCGCGUGGCAGCUAGGUAUUCUAAUGAAAGCAUAGAUUACGACGUAUUCUAGAGCUAGAUUGACAGCAGAUAGCAUUUGCUUCAGCUGUCAUAGAAUCAAAAUAGCUAAAUAAAUAAAUAGAAAUCUGUAUAUGUAGGU